CGUAUUGAUAUUUUAUAAUACCACUUGGAAAUAAUCAUUUAUUUCUACACGUGUCUGGUGAACUCAGGAUGGAUGCUGCAGGCAAAACGCUCAAGACAGCAAGCAGCGCGCUAGGGGGAUCAGCCGCCUCUGCCGCCAGCUCAAACUCUCUUCUGAGCGCUCACAGCAGUGCCAAUAACGUCUUGACAGCAGAUAACGCGGCUGCUAGCACCGGGAACAGCAUUCCAGUGGCAGCGGACUCGGGCCCCGUGUCGCUUGCGACGCUGCAGGAAGCCGCCAGGGCACAGAAGGAGUGGGCCAAGUAUGUAGCCUUCGACGAGGAUGGCAGAGUCCUGUUCAGUAACGUUAAGCCGCUGGAUGGGGAAGUCGCCGGCUUCUUGAAGCUCUUCAACAAGCGCGAGGACACAAUGGCGUCGGGGAUUGUGCUGCUGGGCGAGCAGUAUGACGUGCAUCGGUGCGAUUGCGAAAGUUUUUUUUUUUUUACCAGUUUACAACCAAGUUGAAGCUGACGAAGCAAUUGUUACACUUUCGGUUUACCGCUUGUUUUUCCUGCUGUAGAUUCCACCCGCCGCUCGUUUACGGUCGUCGCGGAGAUCCUUCGCUUGAGGAAGGAGAAGGUAUCGCGGUCUGCAAGGUGCAGCAGGGCAGUCGCUCGCUCUACUGCCUCAUUACUUACGUGUAUCCGACGCUGUCGGCGCGUGCCGUACCUCAACUCAAAGAAUUCUGUGAGACGUUAUUGGCCAAGCUAAGCUGAUGAGGGGGAUACACGAUCCGCGUCGAGAAAUACACAGACAUUGGUGUACUUCCCAAUAGCUGGUUUAGAUGGAUACGAAAUUGAUUUUACAUGAAUUCUUGAUGGUUUUUGGUACUACUACUGUAGUAUUUUAUCAUGAAACAUUGAUUUCCAGUACGCUUUAUUGGAAUGUUUUAAUGAAGAACGAUACAAGGUGGCAUCCUGAAG